AUGAGAAUUUCUAUUACCUUUUUUUCCUUCUUUAUUAGUCAAGUGUCAGUGUAUUGCAUGCCAUCAGCGACAUAUACACUUGCUUUGAGUUCGGAGACCGAUAAGCUUGCUUUGCUUGCUUUGAAAGAAAAACUUACAAAUGGUGUGUCUGAUUCUCUUCCAUCAUGGAAUGAGUCUCUACAUUUCUGUGAAUGGCAGGGUGUCACAUGUGGCCGUCGUCACAUGAGAGUCUCUUUCUUGAAAUUAGAGAAUCAAACAUUGGGUGGUACUCUUGGUCCAUCCAUAGGAAAUCUCACAUUUCUUAGAAUACUUAGGCUUUCAAAUAUCGGAUUGCAUGGUGAAAUUCCAAAACAAAUUGGUCAUUUGAAGCGAUUGGAAGUUCUUCACUUAAGCAACAACCAUCUUCGAGGAGAGAUUCCUUUUGAGCUAACUAACUGCACAAAUAUCAAGGUAAUUUAUUUAGCGUCCAAUCAUCUCAUAGGAAGAGUUCCCGCUUGGUUUGGAUCGAUGAUGCAACUUAUAGAGUUGAAUCUCCGUGAUAAUAAUCUCGUGGGAACUAUUCCAUCUUCUCUGGGAAAUGUUUCAUCACUCCAAAAUAUAACACUUGCUUACAAUCACUUGGAAGGAAGCAUACCUUAUUCUUUGGGUAGGAUAACAAGUUUAAAACAAAUCAUUUUUGGUUCAAAUAUACUGUCAGGGGAAAUUCCUCAUUCUCUUUACAACCUAUCACAUAUUCAAAUUUUUGAUCUUGGGGAAAACAAGCUAUUAGGUAGUCUUCCAUCAAAUUUGAAUCUCAUUUUUCCCAAUGUUCAGAAGUUCUUUAUAGGAGAUAACCAAAUAAGAGGAACUUUUCCAUCUUCAAUAUCCAACCUUAGUGAGUUGCAAGGCCUUGAUAUAUCAUUGAAUGCUUUUAAAGGACCAAUACCUCUUACUUUGGGUAGAUUAAAUAAACUUGAGAUUUUUGAUAUUGGCUUUAAUAAUUUUGGAAGUGAUUUGGACUUCCUUUCUUCAUUAACAAAUUGUACUCAACUAACAAUGCUCAUUUUGGGCCAAAAUAAAUUUGGUAGUAAGUUGCCUGACCUCAUGGGAAACCUUUCUAUAAAUCUCAGUUUUAUCGAUUUGGGGGUUAAUCAAAUAUAUGGAGUGAUACCGGAAAGAAUUGGACAACUAAUAGGUUUAACUUACUUAGACAUGGGAAGCAAUUCCCUCCAAGGAUCAAUUCCAAAUUCAAUUGGAAAGCUUAAGAAUCUAGUAAGAUUGGUCUUGCAAGAAAACAAACUAUCUGGUAACAUUCCUACAAGUAUUGGAAAUCUUACUAUCUUGUCUGAAUUAUAUCUUUCAAGCAAUAAAUUGGAAGGAAGCGUUCCAUUUUUCCUUAGAUAUUGCACCCAAUUGCAGAAAUUAAGUAUUGCUGUAAACAAAUUGAGUGGUGAUUUACCAAACCAAACAUUUAGUUAUCUAGAUGGUUUAAUAUAUAUCUAUUUGCAUGACAACUCCUUGACUGGAUCUAUUCCUUCAGAGUUUGGUGGCUUGAAGCAUCUUUCACAAUUGUAUCUUGACUCAAAUAAUUUGUCCGGUGAAAUCCCUAAGGAUCUUGCUGCUUGUUUGGCAUUAACAGAACUCUCGUUGAGGGGAAACUCUUUUCAUGGAAAAAUACCUUCGUUCUUUGGUUCUUUAAGAUCCCUUGAAAUCUUAGAUAUUUCUAAAAACAAUUUCUCAAGCACAAUCCCUUCUGAACUAAAAAAUCUCACACUUCUAAAUACUUUGAACUUAUCUUUUAAUAGUCUUUAUGGUGAGGUUCCCAUAGGCGGUGUCUUUAGCAAUGUCACAAAAAUUUCAUUAAUUGGUAACAAGAACCUUUGUGGAGGGAUACUUCAAUUGAAGCUUCCAAAAUGCUAUAUGGAUUCCUCUAAGACACACAAACACUCUCUAAAAAAGAAACUUAUCAUCAUCAUCAUCAUCAUUAGUGUAAUUGUCGGGGUUUUGAUCUCUUUCAUAGCGUUUACAAUUGUCCAUGUUCUCACAAGAAAGUCCACAAAGUUACCUUCUUCGCCAUCUCUGCAAAAUAGGGCACUGAGAGUUACUUAUGGAGAGUUACAUGAAGCAACCAAUGGAUUUUCUUCAUCCAAUUUGGUAGGAACUGGAAGCUUUGGCUCGGUUUAUAGAGGAUCUCUUCACAACUUUGAAAGACCUAUUGCUGUAAAGGUGUUGAAUCUUGAAACACGCGGGGCAGCAAAGUGUUUCGAGGCAGAAUGCAGUGCUUUAGGUAAGAUGAAACACCGGAAUCUUGUGAAGAUCCUAACUUGUUGUUCAAGUGUUGAUUACAAGGGUGAAGAUUUCAAAGCUAUUGUUUUCGAGUUCAUGCUUAAUGGGAGUCUUGAAAAUUUGUUGCAUGAUAAUGAAGGGUCUGAAAAUCAUAGUCUCGGCCUCACACAAAGGGUAGACAUUGCUCUUGAUGUAGCUCAUGCAUUGGAUUAUCUUCACCAUGAUGAAGAUCAAGUUGUAGUACACUGUGAUAUUAAACCAAGCAACGUUCUUCUUGAUCAAGAGAUGGUAGCUCACUUGGGUGACUUUGGCUUAGCAAGGCUGAUUCAUGGAUCCACAGGACAUUCAAGUAAGGACCAAAUUGACUCCUCAACAAUUAAAGGAACUAUAGGAUAUGUUCCUCCUGAAGAAUAUGGAGCUGGUGGUCCGGUAACACCAGAGGGAGAUAUCUACAGCUAUGGAAUUCUGUUGUUGGAAAUGCUUACUGGAAAGAGACCAACAGAUAAUAUGUUUUAUGAAGAUCUUAGUCUCCACAGAUUGAUUAAGAUGAAAAUUCCUGAAGAAAUUCUUGACAUAGUAGAUUCACGUUUGGUUAUUCCAUUUGUUGAAGAUCAGACAAAAAACAACAUAAAGGAGUGUCUAGUGAUGUUUGCUGAAAUAGGAGUUGCAUGUUCUGAAGAAUUUCCUACUCAAAGAAUGCUCACAAAACAUGUCAUACUGAAGUUGAUUGAAAUUAAACAGAAGUUGUCCCGCUAG